UACCUGUCUCUUUCUAACAAAUUAAUGGUGGUGUCGAUGUCGAACAAGAAGUUGAGGCGUAUUUUUCUUUGUUGUUUACGUGUCGAAUUUAUUCCAAAAAGACAUAAAGGAAGUAUAGACCAGCUGCACUUAUUUAACGUUUUAUGGAAUUAAUCCUUAGCCACUACAUUAGGAACUUGUUUAUUGAGGUGAUCGAGUGCAAUGAAUAACGGAGAUGUCGGAGGGCUCAGAGGCAGAGGCCGCGGCUGGCAGCAAAUAGAUAAUCAGCCACGGGAGCUUCGCCGUCCUAGGAUACUUCCUGAGGAUGCUAAAGAUGAAGCUCCAAAGUCGAAUCUGUCGGCCGAGGCCAAGGAGUGGUUCCCUCCCAACUACAAUCCCCAGAGUGCUCAGUAUGUGGCGGACCCGGCCCCAUACCGGGGGGGUGCACCACAGAGGUUCUCUGUCCAGGGCCGUCUCAGACAACAGGAGGGACCCUACAACUUUAAUGACAUGACAUUUUCACUGGAGGAAGCGGAAAACAUGGAAUUACGGGAGAACAUUGGUAACUUGAUAACAGUGAUGUGCGAGAUAACUUUUGACCCCGGCAAGUUUGAUGUCCUUUGCGGUCCCCUUGUGGACUCGUUUGCGACGACCCUGCAUGAUGCCAACUACACAAGGCCUCUGGUGGAUGCGAUCGUGAACCAGUCGAUAGGCGAGCCGAACUUCCGUUACAACGGCGCGCGGCUCUGCUCCAUGUACGACUCCGUGGCGGCGCCCGACGAGUCCACCUUCCGCGCCUGCCUGCUGGAGAGAUGCAGCGCGGAGGAGAACAAGAUCAUCAGCGGCGUGGAGUCGUCGGAGGAGAACAUGCGCGGGUUCGCCAUGUUCCUGGCCGAGAUCUACACGCAGCUCGAGGACAGCCAGGGCGGGCGCAUCCGCUCGCUGGGCGAAAGUCUGUGCAAGGUGCUGCUGCACCUGCUGGACACCGACAACGAGACCAACAUCAAGGCCGUCUGCCAGCUGCUCAAGUUGUCCGGCAUAGCCCUCGACGCGGACUGCCCGGCGGGCAUGGCGUGCGCGUUCGAGCGCCUGCGCCGCGUGCCGGGGCUGGCGGCCGUGCGCGCCGUGCUGGCGCUGCGGGCCGCGCGCUGGGGGCUGGCCGCCGAGCCGCCCGCGCCCGCCGCGCACGCCGCCAACGACCGAGACCACGCGAACGGGUCCAACGACAUGGCGCCGACCGAGUACGGCGGCGGCGAGGGCUACCUGGCGGACGGCCACGAGCUGACGGCCGAGGAGCGGGCGUUCCUGCAGAACAACCUGCCCGGCAAGGCCGCGCCGCCCGAGGACCCCGUCAUUGAGGAGCUCGAGAACGAGGCGUGGGACAACGGCAUGGACGCCGAGAUGCAGGCGGGCUUCCUCGAGUUCCUCAAGAUGUCCAACCAGAUCAAGCGAUAACCGCCCCUCCCCCCAACGCACGACAGACCAAAAUGUCUCUACCGAUAUAUUAGGACAAUGAAAACAAUAAAAAAAUAUAUAAAAACGAUAUAAACCCUAAAAAGAUAUUAUUAGAUAUCAAGAGAUGUAUUGCUCGUUUAUGUAGUGGUGGAUUACAACUGUGUAGGAAAUUAUGAUGGCAUCUCGGGCCCCGUCUCACAGACACGUCUUGUAUUAUAAGAAUUAUAAGUUGCAGACUAAGUUGAAAUGCUUAUAUUUGGUGUAAGUAUUCCUUUACUUUUAAUUGAUUUUUUAUUAUCUUAAUAAUUAUAAUGUUAAUAAUGCCUGCAGUUUGGUCUGUCGUCUUAAUGGUAAUAGAUGUUUACGUAUAAAUAAUAUUGAUUUAUAGGGUACAAAUCGCGAUCGCAUCCCUGUCGUUAGUGUGUGUGUUAGUGUGCAUGAGUAUCACUGGUUCGAGAUCAUUUAGACGUAAACAUAAUGCCGGAUGAAUCAUUUUUAAAAAGUUUGUAACUCUGGACUAAAUGUAAACAAGUCUGUAGAUAUACUUAUGUAAGAACUUUGCUUUCGUCUAUUUGAUUUUCAUCUGUGCCAGAUGCAUUUAAAUCUAUUUGUUUACUUGUUAACUUUACACACGAUGAAAUGAAUUUAAAUUAAGUAUUAGUUGUUAUUCGAAUUUGAUUUCUUAUUUGAUUUUAGUGAGUCUUUAGGCCAUAUGUUGUAGCCAUCGUCUCUUGUUUACAUUUCGUCUAUUAAUUUACUGAGACUAAUAAUAUUUUGAUGAUCUCGUAAUUUCUCCAUUUAUUUGUUUCUCUCGUGCUCGUGACAUCGAUUGCAAAUGUUGUGCCUAUUUGCAGCUGCUUCCACGUAUUUAGCGUAAAGGCAAAUAGAAAAUAUUAUUAGAGUUUUGCGUGCUAAUUAAGCGCACACUUAUCAAUCUUGUAGAUUUUAGCAGGAGUUUAAUAUUUUCAUUUGUCUUUCCGUAUUAAGAUGCUAACAAUAUAUUUUAUCACCAUUCUCUCUAAACCUAGGCAACUGAUAGAUGCAAGACACAGAAAUGCAACUUUAUUUGGCGGCUCGAACCUAAGAGCAAUUAGUUAAGUAUACAAAUCAAUAUUGCAAUAUCUCCUCUGUGGUAUUUGGCAGUAUGGAACCAUUAUACAUGCAUAAUAAAAACAUUAAUAUAGCGUUACCGAAGGUUGCCUUUGAACUGCCCAGCGGAUGUAACAUUACGCGUUCAUAGUUAUGACAAUACUUAAAUAAGCCAGUUCCAAUGACGACCCCGUCAAAUGCCCUAAGUCCUUAAUGCAAUCCUACAUCCUCUUGUUCCACAAUUUCUGAGGCAUACAGUUUUCCCCUCCAGAACUUUCGUUUGAGCACAAAACUUACAAAGUGCAAAAACCAAAGUCUUUCUGGUAGUCCAAUAAAUGUUAAGACUGCCUUAUCGAAUAUCUUAAAUGUUGUGCGCGGUUUAUGAUGCCUUAUAUCAAAUCUAUUAAAUUCAUGGAAAAUUAUUGUGAUUGAAAGUUUAUUGAGAAUGCCUCCUGAAUGAGUGGGUUGGAUUGUAGAUUAAGUAAAUGACCUAAUUGCAUACGUUCUUUGCCUGAAAUAUAUAUACAUAUAUAACAAUAAAAUGAAGCCGGAAAUAAAACUCAAUUUUGCUAUAUUAAAGAUACCAGAACUUUUUGAAAUAUAUUUAUGCAAUACAAUAAUUUAUUUCAGCAAUUAGGAGAAUGUUUGUAAUAUUCCAUUGUAUUUUUGUUGCAGUGAUAUUAUGAAUGUUAUAAGAAUAAAUGGAUAUUUUAAUAAAAGUCAUUUAAAUAAACAAAA